AUGGAUCGCUUAAAGUGUUCUUUUGGAGAAAUCAAGAAAAAACUUAAGAAAACAUUGACCAAUGAUUUGGAUUAUAAAUUGGAAUUGAAUUUUAUUGAAAAGCUUUUCAAGAUUAUCUUUCUAGAUAUUUUCAAUCGUAGUGGGAAAGUGCCAAAGAAAAUUUUAAUCUUUGCUACAAUUUUCUUCCUAUUUUGGUCGAUUAUUCAUGUAAAGAAUAUUUUUGAAGAUUUUUUGUACGACAGAACGAGACAAUUUACAGCAACCACUGCGGCCCUUAUUUCAUUUCAGAUUGCUACGAAAAUUGCUGUCAUCUGCAUGAAAGCAGACUCUGUUUCCAAAAUGAGAGAAAAAAUUGUUGAUGAUAUUCGGAAUACGACUAAUGAUGAAAUGGAAAUUGAAAAAAGUUAUCGAAUUUUCAUAAGAGUGUUCCUGUCAGUAUUUGCAUUUAUCUACGCUAUUACAGCAUUUAUAAGUGCCAUCACAAAUUUAUGGGCAACAGUUUCUUCAAAACCGAUAAUACUGGCAUUUAAUGUUCAGAUAACUUGGAACAGUCCGAACUUGCAUCCAUCGCAGGAAAUCAAUUUUCUAGUGUUGCUUGUUUGGCAAAUUAUAAUUCUUGUGUUAGCUGUUGGUUUCGAUUCAUAUUUUGUCUUAGUGACUAUUCAUUGUGUUGCAAAGCUAUCGACAUGUGGUUCUCAUGCAUUGAAAAUUGAUGGGAAAACUGAUGGAAAAUGUAUUUCCAUUCUAAUCAGGAAACAUCUACAUGUUCUUGAAUUAAUUGAACUUUCGAGAAAUGUUUUUAAUCCUAUGUGCUUUUAUCAACUUCUUUCGACAUAUGGUUUAAUCGUUUCGAUAUCAUUCAAUAUUAAAAAUGGAAUUGAUUUAGUUUCAGUAAUGACAUUAGCAGCUGCGCUAUUUCAAUUAUUUCUCUAUUGUCAUUUUGGAAAUAUCCUUUCGUCAAUGUGUGAGAAGUUCCAAGAAGCGAUAUAUUGCUCAAAAUGGUAUGAAAUUCAAAGCAUUUCAUCAAAAAAGAAAAUUCUUUUCAUGUUGAUGAUGGCACAACGCAACAAGGAAUAUUCGUUUUUGGGAAUCAAAUCAAUAAAUUUGGAAAUGUACACAUACGUCGUUAUACAAGCAUACCGAUUUUUGAGUUUUUUGUUGAAUGUUAUGUAG